AUGGACGUUUAUGACUCCCUAGAAUGUAAGACAACGAUAGGUUUCAACAAAUACCAGCAUUUACACAAAAAUACAAUUUGUAAGAGGCAUCCGGAAUGUCCUGAUAGGAUAGAGAUUUGUCGGUCCGUACUCCAACAAAGCGGCUUGUUACGUGAGUGCCAAGAAGUAAAUUUUCCUUCUUUGGAUGACUUGGACCUCCGUCAGUCGCACUCAGAAUCUCACGUGAACAAGUUGUUGAAGGAAGCGAUUCUGAUGGACCAGGAGUCGUUGAAUCAUCUCUCCGAGGACUAUGACUCUGUAUUUAUGACUCCGGGCUCGGCGAAUGCUGCCCAGUCUGCUGUUUCAUGCUGUCGGUGGUUAGCUGAGGGCAUAGUAACAAAUAAGAUCCCCAACGCAUUUGCAUUGGUUCGACCUCCCGGGCAUCAUGCUGAUCGCUAUUCCGCUUCUGGCUUCUGUCUUUUCAACAACGCUGCCCAAGCAGCCGAAGCAGCUUUUGAUUUUGGUGCCGAUAGGAUUUUGAUAGUCGAUUUGGACGUUCACCAUGGUAAUGGUACACAACAGAUUUUCUAUGAAGAUAAAAGGGUUAUGUUCAUUUCGAUACAUCGUUAUGAAAAUGGGAAAUUCUGGCCACAUCUUAAAGAAUCUAAUUAUGACCACAUUGGCGCGUCUGAAGGUCGAGGAUACAAUGUGAAUAUUCCUUUGAACGAGGUCGGUUGUGGAGAUGCUGACUAUAUGGCUGUUUUUUGGAAUAUUAUAUGGCCUUUGGCUACUCAGUUCAAUCCAGAUUUUGUCAUUGUCUCUGCGGGAUAUGAUAGUUGUGAUGGUGACCCGGUUGGAGAAAUGCGUCUCUCGGCUGACGCAUAUGCUCACGUCAUCUACCAUUUAAGUGCCCUUGCGCGCGGUAAACUUCUGAUGAUACUUGAGGGCGGAUAUAACCACAGCGUAUUAUCAGUGGGAGUUCAUCGAUGUGUCCGUGUUCUAUGUGGUUACAAGCCAUUACCUGUUAAAAUAUCAAGUCCUCCUAAAACUAGGUAUUUGUACUGUUCUUGCCGAGUUUUUCUAAAUAGUUAUCUAAUUGCCACUAAAGCUACGUGUGUUUUAGAGACAUAUGUCAGUGAAACAAGUAUAGGACAGAUUACUUGUUUUGGCGAUAUAUCUAGCAUAAACUCUACUUGUGCUGCUUGA